AUGGAAAAGUCUCUCAAGGAUCUAAAUUUGACAAAUGAUGAAUUAGAUAGAUUAGGGAAAGCAUUUAAGGACCCAGAAUUCCUUAAAUUAUUUGCGGAAUACGCUGAAGAGCUCAACGAUCCGGAAAAUAAGCGAAGAUAUGAGGAAGAGAUCAGGAUGGCGGAAAUGGAACGAGGCAUGGAUUUGGAGUUCAUAAACCCCACGGGUUACUGUGUUCUUAAGUCGCGCAACUGGCCCAGCCUUGCAUCAGAGAAAUUAAAAAAGCUACCCGGUAAAGAUGUGCCUAAGCUCUCUGAGGGUCAGAAGGUGUUCCUCAACAUCUGUUCAUCGGAAAAAUUAGGAAAACCUGAAAUGAAACGUAGUGGGGACGGCCGAGGUGCCACCUGGAGCAUUCCACAUUCAUUUGCACCUCCUACCGAGGACCUCGAAAAAGAAAAUAAAAUGUGUCUUGUUGUCGACGUUGUCUUUCACCCUGAAGCUGUCGAGCGCUCGAAAGCCUCGCAGGCCUUUCGCGGGCUCAUCUUCGCCACAGCUGUGGAAGGCGUCCACCGCCAAUUCGGCUUCCAUCUUGGCAUGACCAGGGAGCAAGCCAAGGCAACCUGGAAGUCGGAUAAGACCAACGAGAAGGCCAUUCUCUCCUCCGUUCGCCUACUCAAGGGAGUGACUCACAAGGGGGCACUGCGCGCGACCGUAAUCCGUCGAAAGCGACCCGACUUUGCCGAGUGUCAAGAACGCCUGGAGGAAGCUGAGAAGGUAGCGUUUUCUGAGGCCAGGCGAGGUCCUAACCCCAAAGAAGCCCUCGCUGCUCUGUCAAAGUACAAGCGCUGCAUGGACGAUUGCUUCGGAAAGUCCAAACUGAACACUAGUGAGGCGGAAGAUUCGACCUCCAAGUACAAACGACCCGAGGUCAAGGUGACUCACAGCUCGGAGUUUGACAUGCUAAACUACACCAACGGUCCCACCAAUGAGGGCCUCCCAGUACGACCGAGUGCCAUCAAAGUGGAAGUCAGCCUUCCGGGCAUCGAGUCUGCAGCCUGUCUGGACUUGGAUAUUACAGAAAAGCGGAUACAUUUGCAGGUUAGUGCAGAGGUUUAG